CGGCGCGCGCGGCUGCGGGGCGGUCACUGUGCCUCGGCGUUCCAGAGCCCGUGCCGGAGUGCGACGCACCUGGAAGCUCCCCUCCCGGCCCACGGUCACCGGCCAUGUCAACUCUGCAGGAGAUCAAGAGCAGCGUGCUCAGGCAGGUGCAGGUGUGCCCAUCCUUCCGCCGCAGGGCUGAGCAGGAGCCAGAGAGCACCAAUGUUGGCCUGCAGGAGCCUGCCGCAGAGACCUGGAAACCCACGGAUGGCGUGGAGUUCUUUGCACAGAUGCGCCUCAUCCUGAAGAAGGGGGAAUGCAGACAGGGCCUGCCAUGCCCUGAGGUCCUCUUGCGCAGCAGCUCUCCAGCCCCUGCAGAGCCUGUGGACCCCAACCGUGGCCUGAAAGCCUUGACCAAGGAGGAGGAGGAAAUGCUUUAUGAGGAGGCCUUGUAUACGGUCCUGUACCGUGCAGGGACCAUGGGUCCUGACCAGGUGGAUGACCAAGAGGCCCUGCUGGGCUACCUUCAGCAGGUCUUUGGUACCAGCCCCGAGGAACAUGCCAUGGCCAUUGAGCGUGUGAAGGUGGCCAAGGCCCCCACAUAUGCCCUAAAAGUCUCUGUCAUGCGUGCCAAGAACUUGCUGGCAAAAGACCCCAAUGGCUUCAGCGACCCCUACUGCAUGCUGGGCAUCCUGCCUGCCUCGGGAGCCCCACGGGAGCCUAGUGUGCAGAAGGAGCAUCGUUUCAGCUUCCGGAAGGGGAGCAAGCGCAGUGGCCCACUGCCAGCCAAAUGCAUACAGGUCACUGAAGUCAAGAGCAGUACCCUGAACCCUGUUUGGAAGGAGCACUUCCUCUUUGAGAUUGAGGAUGUCAGCACAGACCAGCUGCACCUGGACAUCUGGGAUCACGACGAUGAUGUGUCUCUGGUGGAAGCGUGCAGGAAGCUGAAUGAAGUCAUUGGCCUGAAGGGCAUGAGCAGGUACUUCAAACAGAUUGUCAAGUCAGCCCGUGCAAAUGGGACAGCUGGGCCCACCGAAGACCAUACUGAUGACUUCCUGGGGUGCCUCAACAUACCCAUCCAGGAGGUUCCUGUGGCUGGUGUCGACCGCUGGUUCAAGCUGGAACCGCGCUCCAGUGCCUCUCGCGUUCAGGGAGACUGCAACCUCGUUCUCAAGCUAAUCACCACACAGAGGGACACGGCCAUGAGCCAGAGGGGACGAUCGGGCUUCCUGUCCUACUUACUGCUGCUCAGCCGGCUGCUGCGGUUCGAGCACCGAGCAGAGGAGCCCAACUCGAGCAGCUGGCACGGUGAGCUCAGCUCGUGCGCAGCCACCAUCCUCUGCCUACAUGGAGCCCAGAACAACCUAUCGCCUUUGCAGUUGGCGGUGCUACACUGGGAGGUCAGCAGCCGCCACCAUCAGAGCUGCACGCUAGAUUACGGCUACCUGCUGGGGCUGCUGGAGGAUAUGCAGGUGCACUGGGAGGAGGCAGCCUCGCUGCCCCAGGAGCAGGAGGAAAGCCUGGCUGACAGCUUUUCCGCCUUCUCUGAGUUUGGGCUGCAGCUGCUGCGCCAGCUUCGAGAUUACUUCCCUGCCACCAACAGCAGGGCAGUCUGCCGUCUGGAGCUGCUGCUAAAGUGUCUCAGCAAGCUGCAACUCUUCCAACCCUCCUUCGAGAUCUGUCCCUUUGAGACAGAACUGAACAUGGACAUUGCUGCUGCCUUAAAGAGAGGCAACCGCGAGUGGUAUGACAGAAUCCUGAACACCAAGAGUCCUCGAGAACAGCCUGGGUCCCAGCGCCUGCCUGGGCUCAUCGAGCUAGCUGAUGCUGUCUACAAUGACCUGCAGUCCUGCUUCAGCAUCUAUGCCAGCCUAUUCCACAGCAUCCUCAAGGUGGACUUCUUCACCCUGACAUUCCGGCAGCUGGAACGUCUGGUGGCUGAGGAGGCCUGGGUCCUGACAGAGGAGCUGAGCCCCAAAAUGACCCUUGAGAUAGCCUCGGGGAUCUUUGAGCUCUACUUGACUCUGGCAGACAUUCAGCGGUUCUGGGGCAGCAUCCCUGGUCGGGACAGCCGCUCCCUGGCCCUUGCCGGCAUCCACACCCCAUUCUUGCCUGCUGUGAAGCUCUGGCUGCAGGUGCUGCGGAACCAGACCAAGUGGCGGCUUCAGGGAGCUGUGGACGUGGACACACUGGAGCCCACGGACACUGCCACCAAGCACAGCAGCUCUGCAGCCACUGCUAGCCUCUGCUUCAGCCACAUCCAGGAGCUCUGGGUCCGCCUGGCAUGGCCCGACCUGGCCCAGGCCCAGGUGCUGGGCACCCAGCUCAGCCAGGAUAUGUGUGAGGCUGUCCUUUUUUACACGGAGCUGCUUCGGAAGAAAGUAGACACUCAGCACAAGGCGGCUGGUGAGACAGUCAGUGAGCCGCUCUGCGUGGUCCUCAACAAUGUGGAGCUUGUGCGCAAGGCUGCAGGGCAGGCCCUGAAGGGCCUGGUAUGGCCAGAGGGGCCUAUGGGGCAGGAGGGGGUGCUGCCACGGCCCCUGCUCAGCUGCACACAGGUGCUGGAUGAGGACCUGCAGCGGGAGGCCCACACUGUGACAGCACACCUAACCUCCAAGAUGGUGGGUGACAUUCGGAAGUACGUGCAGCACAUCAGCCUCUCUCCCGACUCCAUUCAAAAUGAGGAGGCUGUCGCCCCACUCAUGAAGUACCUGGAUGAGAAGCUGGCCCUACUGAGUGCCUCACUGGCGAAGGAGAACCUCAACAGGGUUCUAGAGGCCCUCUGGGAGCUCCUCCUCCAGGCCAUCCUGCAGGCAUUGGGCACAAACCACGACGUCUCUGCUGACUUCUAUGGCCGCUUCCACUUCACACUGCAGGCCCUGGUCAGUUUUUUCCAUGCUGAGGGCCAAGGUCUGACCCUUGAGAGCCUGAGGGACGGCAGCUACAAGAGGCUGGAGGAGGAGCUGCGGCUGCACAGGUGCUCCGCCCGGGAGUGCAUCGAGCAGUUUUACCUGGACAAGCUCAAACAGCGGCCACUGGAACAGAAGCGGUUUGGCCGCCUGAGUGUCCGCUGCCAUUACGAGGUGGCCGAACAGCGGCUGGUGGUGGAGGUGCUGCACGCAGCUGACCUGCUCCCCUUGGAUGCCAAUGGCCUGAGUGACCCCUUUGUGAUUGUGGAGCUGGGCCCACCACACCACUUUCCGCUGAUCCGCAGCCAGAGGACCCAGGUCAAGGCCCGGACACUGCACCCUGUCUAUGAUGAACUCUUCCAUUUCUCUGUGCCCGCAGAGGCAUGCCGCCGCCGUGGAGCCUGUGUGCUGUUCACAGUCAUGGACCAUGAUUGGCUGUCCACCAACGACUUUGCAGGGGAGGCAGCCCUCAGCCUGGGUGGCAUCAGUGGAAUUGCACGGCCCCAGGUGGGAGGGGCCUCGAGGGCUCUGCAGCCUGUCACCCUGCACCUGUGCCGGCCCCGAGCCCAGGUGAGAUCAGCACUAAGGAUGCUGGAAGGACGCAGCAACAAAGAGGCACAAGAAUUUGUGAAGAAACUCAAGGAGCUGGAGAAAUGCAUGGAGGCGGACCCCUAAACCCCCCAUCUGCUGGCUGCCAGCUCCGGCCCUCCCAUGAAUGCUCUGUGGAAUCCUGCUCACCCAUGGCGAGCUUCGUGCAGCCAGGGCCCAUGGCACCCCUCCCUGCUGUGUGAUGAUGUGUGCACUGUGGCUGGAACCCUGGCUUCUGUCUGCCCUAGCUGUGUCUCUUUGGUGUGUGCUGUGAACUCCUUGCACCCCAGCCCCCAAAUCUGUGCAGCCAGAUCAGCAGGACCUGGCCAGCUGCCAGAUCAGACUAUAUUGGGCCUGGCUACAGGUGGGCUUCUCCACCCACUACCUGGGGCUCUACAGCCCACAGGUAGGUGAGUGGUCAAGCACCUGAUCUUGGUGGCUUUGCUCCCCUAGGGAUACCCAGCAAUGACAUCUUCACCACUGGAGAGUGCAGGGAUGUAGGGGGCUAUGGGUACAGUGAAUAGAGGCUAGGGCACUGCUCAGCAUCUUGCUAUCAGUCAGCCCCCAGCAGAGACCAGCCCCUACCCAAAUGCCAAGAGAGCCUCAGCUAAGAGACCAUCUUUUGUCUCUCCUGGGGAGGGCAAGGCCUCCAGAGGCCAACAGGGCAGGAAGGCCUAGGUUGGGUUUGAGCAGCCCAAGCUUUGGAAAGAAGCAGGUCCUGGGACCCAGCUUGCACAGCAGAGGUGAGAGCAUGCUGUGUUCAGCAGCCCUCUCCUGGCUCUGGAAUCCUCCGCUUGAGUGGAUAUGGGGAGGAGGUUUGCUAAGUACUAUCUGCCUCUACUCCCCAUCUGGCUUCUAGGAUAGGGAAAGGAUCCUGUGGGGUCACUCUAUGAGGCCUAGUAUGUCAGCCAAGGAUAGUGGUCAGUGUAGCUAUCUUUUCACAUACAUGUACAUGACCAUACAGGACUUACUCCAUGGCCCAGACUCUUCUAGCCAGGAUCUGCCUCACUAGAGACCAAGAGUCCCUUUCAACCCUCCCCCAGGCUGAGUGCAAAGAAACAGACUCACACUAGGGCUCCUUCCUGGCUUGUAGCUUCAUUGCCAGAGCUCCAAGGCAGGACUCAGAGCAAGGCUGUCAGCAGCACUGGGCAAGAAGUUGCAGAGUUCACUUCUCCACAAGGUCAAAACAGCCAGACUUGUCUGUGUUUCCUUGUCUCUAGAUUGCCUCGUCAUUCAGUCUCUGAAAUAAUACACACCUGCAACCUUCA